GGCACCCCAACCGGCCAGGGCUGCCCGGGUCUGCGAUGGGGAGAGGGGCCGAGCACCCCGCCCCGGCCCGGCUGCUCCAGAGCGCGCCCCGGGCGGCCCAGCCGAGCGCCUUCCCGUGCAGCGCCUGUGAUGCGGGAGCCGGAGAGUCCCGAGGGGACGCUGGAGCUGGCCCGCCGCUGGGGGCAGAAGCGCCGGGGCCUGCUGGAGGCGGCGAUCGUGCUGCUGCUGCUGCUGGCGGCGGGCGCGCUGCUGGCCCUGGGCCUGAUGCACGCCCAGGGCAGAGUGAAGCCGCCGACCCUCUCUCCUAGCUGGCUUUCCUUUUCACAGGAAGAGAGGACCGUGAGAAAGCGCAGACCCAGAGCUGUCAAAGACUCCAAGAAUGAUUUGGGAGACGUCUGCACCACCCCAGGCUGUGUGCUGGCAGCGGCCAGGAUCCUGGAGAACAUGGACCAGACGCAGGAGCCCUGCGACGACUUCUACCAGUACGCGUGUGGCGGCUGGCUGCGGCGCCACGUCAUCCCCGAGUCCAGCUCCCGCUACAGCGUGUUCGACAUUCUCCGGGACAAGCUGGAAAUCAUCCUCAAAGGGGUGCUGGAGAAUUCCACCUCGGAGGACAGGCCGGCCAUCCAGAAGGCCAAGAUGCUCUACCGCUCCUGCAUGAAUGAGAGCAUGAUAGAGCAGCGUGACUCGAAGCCGCUACUGGACAUCAUCGAGGACUUGGGGGGCUGGCCGGUGGCCAUGGACAACUGGAACGAAUCGAAUGAACUCAACUGGAAGCUGGAGCAGCAGCUGGCGAUAUUGAACUCUGAAUUCAACCGACGUGUUCUCAUUGACCUUUUCGUCUGGAACGACGACCAGAAUUCCAGCCGGCACAUCAUCUACAUAGACCAGCCUGCCUUGGGCAUGCCCACCCGGGAGUACUACUUCAAUCAGGGCAUCAACCGGAAGGUGCGGGAAGCCUACCUGCAGUUCAUGAUGUCGGUGGCCAUGAUGCUGCGUGAGGACUUGAAACUGCCUGAGAACAACGAGCAGGUGGUGAAGGACAUGGAGCAGGUGCUGAAGCUGGAGACUCGGCUGGCCAAUGCUACGAUACCCCAGGAAGAGAGACACGACGUCACGGCCAUGUACCACCGCAUGAACCUGGAGCAGCUGCAGAAUAAAUUCAGCCUGAAGGGAUUCAACUGGACACUCUUCAUAGAAGCGGUGCUGUCCUCCGCCAACAUCCCACUGCUGCCGGACGAGCAGGUGGUGGUGUACGGCGAGCCCUACCUGGAGAACCUGGAGGAGAUCAUCAACACCUUCUCAGUCAGGACCCUGCAGAACUACCUGGUCUGGCGCCUGGUGCUCGACCGUAUCAGCAGCCUGAGCCAGAGAUUCAAGGACACCCGCACCAAUUACCGUAAGGCACUGUACGGUACCACGGUGGAGGAGGUGCGCUGGCGGGAGUGUGUCAGCUAUGUCAACAGCAACAUGGAGAGCGCCGUGGGCUCCCUCUACGUCCAGCAGGCCUUCCCGGAAGAGAGCAAGAAAGUGGUCCACGAGCUCAUACACAAGGUACGGGCGGUGUUUGUGGAGACGCUGGAUGAGCUGAACUGGAUGGAUGAUGAGUCCAAGCACAAAGCCCGCGAAAAGGCCAUCAACAUCUGGGAGCAGAUCGGCUACCCCGACUACAUCCUGGACGAGAGCAAUAAACACCUGGACGAGGAGUAUUCCAAUCUCAACUUCUCCGAGGAGCUGUACUUUGAAAAUGGGCUGCAGAACCUCAAGGCCAGUGCUCAGAAGAGCCUGAAGAAGCUUCGUGAGAAGGUGGACCUCAAUCUCUGGAUCAUCGGGGCUGCUGUGGUCAACGCCUUCUACUCCCCAAACCGGAACCAGAUCGUAUUCCCUGCCGGCAUCCUCCAGCCCCCCUUCUUUAGCAAGGAGCAGCCGCAGGCCUUGAACUUCGGGGGCAUCGGGAUGGUGAUCGGGCACGAGAUCACCCACGGCUUUGAUGACAAUGGCCGCAACUUCGACAAGGACGGCAACAUGCUGGACUGGUGGAGCAACUUCUCGGCCUCGCACUUUCGCGAGCAGUCGGAGUGCAUGAUCCGCCAGUACAGCAACUUCUCCUGGGAACUGGCCCAACAGCAGAACGUGAAUGGACACAGCACUCUCGGGGAGAACAUUGCUGACAACGGUGGGGUGCGGCAGGCCUACAAGGCGUAUCUCAAGUGGAUUUCCGAGGGCGGCCAAGACCAGCAGCUGCCCGGGCUGGAGCUCACCUAUGACCAGCUGUUCUUCGUCAACUUUGCCCAGGUAUGGUGUGGCUCGUACCGGCCUGAGUUCGCCACCCAGUCCAUGAAGACAGAUGUACACAGCCCCCUGAAGUACCGGGUGCUUGGGUCGCUGCAGAACCUGGCUGCCUUCUCUGACGCGUUCCAGUGUGCCCAGGGCACCCCCAUGCACCCGUACGACCGAUGCCGGGUCUGGUAGCCGAGGUCACACGUAUCCACCCCGUGUCCCGGGGAUUGGACCACAGAGAAGGUGGUGUCACAGCCCUUGGGGCAGCCAAGCCGGCUCAGCACUGCUGACCCCCCACCCCAACCCGGCCUUGCGCAUCCAGGAGGGGACCUACCACCCUGCACUGCCUGCCCGGCUGCCCCUGCUCAGCCUGGGGUGCGUCUCCCGCUCCCUGUGCAUCUGCCUGGUGCCCAGAGCUUCUGACUGAGCUGAGUAAAAGCUUCAAACCUUC